CUCCCCCUCCUAUUGAUUUUACAUGUUAAGAGGUGUCUUUGAAGAGCAUCGGUUUGUUCUCUCUGGCAUCCUUCCCUCCCCCCUUUUUAUCAUUCCCAGCACAUAGUGUGUAUACGCCCAGCCAGUGUCUGUCUCCCUGCAUUGCUGCUAUCUGACUUUAUUGUAUACAUAUCUUAAAUAAUACUGUACACAAUCCUAAAAUCCUGCGAGGACACUGUGAUGCUGAUGAAAUUGUCUGGGAUUUAAUCUAUGUUUGCCCUAGAUUUUCAAACAGGAAACACAACCUCCUCUUCUCUUUGUUGUUGUCACUGAUUCCUAUGGCAAAUGAGACUCCCUUUAUCCAAAAGCUGCAAUUGAACUACAUGGAGGAAGCAAACACACUUCUGCACUACAGUGGUCUGGCUAGAAGAGAGAAUAACCCUUCUAAAAAGGAGGACUUAACUGUUACUUGAAUGAACUGCCCUUGCCAGGAAUCACACCCAGUUUACAUGUCCAUCAAACUGACGUGCACAAAAGUUCACUCAAACCAUAGUGCCUUUCCUGAGUAUCUUGGUUAUGUCAGGAGCAACAAUGAUACCAGUUUAUUGGUUUCUCCUUUGGUCGUGGCUGGGAUAGUGAUAGGCCUGGUUCUAUUUCUGUCCUGCGUCACCAUCAUUAUCGGAAGUCUGAGAAAAGAUGGAGGCGUAAGAGACUGGCACCUUGAGGCGGAACCCAGUUAUGAUGGAAUUUCCUAUGUGGCAUCUAUUGGAGACUUGAGAUCUGCCUGCCCUGGGGACUUAACCCCAACAUUUGGAUUUGGUUCCUACCUGGAGCUCAAUGUUUCCUACCCAGAUGCCCCUCCUUGUUAUGAGGACUGUGUUGGGGCAGGGGCCAUGGAACUAUACCCUCCUACAGAUGACCCUCCACCCUACUCUUUGGAAAAUCCACAUCUCAGUAAUGAAUUGGCCCUGAGCAUCGGCACAGACGAUACGCCUUGGUCAAUACAAGAGAGCACAGAUCAUCUGCUGCCUACACCAUUGUUGUCCUCCCUCUGGCUCAACUUUGCUCCACCAUAUAGAACUAGAAGCAAGAGUCCUGCAAUGUCAAUGGAUGCAUAAGAAAACACACAAACCCCUCCGCAAGAUGGAAUGUUUAACUGAAACCAUCAAGCACAGUACUUAUAAAUAUUAGAAAUACCCAUGUAUUCAAUGCAUGUGAUCAGAAAUAUUAUUGAGUGACUAAUAGAGAAACCAACCGUUAAUACAGAUGGUGAGAAGAUUCUUGUGGGCAUUAUAAACAACUAAAUCCGAAAUAAAAUCAUAGAAUAUUAGUUUGGAACAUUUACAGAUAUAUGCAUAAACUAAACAUACUUUAACAAUGUAAUUGCUUCAGCACUUCUUGUUCAUAUAAGAAUUGUCAGUAGGCAUAAAGACAAAAGGGCUAAUUUUCAAAGCCCCUGGGUGCAAGAUUGCUCCCCUUAGUGCUCAUUCUUAGAGCACUUGCACCCAGGAGUGUGCUGCUCUUUUUAGGUUGCACUGGAUCAAUAAUCCAGUGAUCUUGACAAAAAGCAGUGUCAGUACUUACUGCUUGCCUUAUGGGGCCUCCACCUCCUGACCUCCUCUGUAUCUUGCACGACAGGAAUUAUACUAAGACGUUCCCCCUCCCAUCCGCCCGUUUAAAUUUAAUGCUGGCCGCACUAGAUUUAAACUUUAGUCACUGGGAAAGUGCAAAAAUAUGUCUAAUUGCGGCCAUUUUUUGAACUUUGGAUGCUAUGCAGGCCAUUUAUACAUGCCCUAAAAACUGCACUAAGCCUGAAUUUGUAGACCAUUGGUGUGUUACUGGGGCUCUGGAACAUGUCAAAUGAGAACCACGUCCCAGUUAAAUAUCUAGAUUGCAAACUUGCUAUUAACCAUCUUUAAAAAAGUGUAUUGGGUUGUAAAGCCAACCUCAACCAUUAUGGUAGCCACCCUUGUGUAUUAAAUAUAGGCUGCCCAGUGUAUGGCCACAUUUACCCAAUCACAAAACCCAUGGGUUUGUGAUAACUUUAACGUAACAAACAAUUAAAGCAACGCGUGUCUGCUAUAGACAAACAUUGUACUUGUGCAUA